AAUCACUUUUUUUUUUCCAUUUUCUUAGUUUUAGUUCUCAUUUUCUCACUUGUUAGCCUUCUUUCUUUGACCAAAAGAAAAAAAGAAAAAAAACUAUAUCACCAAAAAUACUCUCUUUUUUUUUUCCUUAAGUGCUUGUUUAUUGACCCUCAAGAUCCAGCAUUUUGUAGCCUAAACUGGGGAGUUACUGGAUUUAACUCAGGAGAAAAUGGAUUUGUUUUUGCAAUGCAUUUUUCCGGGGGUGCCUAGUUUAUAAAGACCUAAGAUGUUUCAGUCAACUGCUUAAUUAGGACCUUUGACUGUUGUGGUUAUGACUGGGCCCCUUGCCAAGAUGGUUUUGGACAACAGAGCUCUUACCACACUUGCUGCUAUUUUGAUCUACUUGAUCUUGAGUUGCGCUGUUUGCUGUGCUGUUCAAAGCGACAUUGACUGUCUGAGAUCUAUAAAAGAUUCAUUAGAAGAUCCAAAUAAUACUUUGAGCUAUACAUGGAAGUUCGAUAAUCUGACGGAAGGUUUCAUUUGCAAGUUUGCUGGGAUUCAGUGCUGGCAUCCUGAUGAAAAUAAGGUUCUGAGUAUCAGUCUUCCUGACAUGGGUCUCAAGGGCAGGUUUCCACUUGGUCUUCGGAAUUGCACCUCUAUGACAUCAUUAGAUCUUUCGAGCAACAAUCUCCAUGGAAGCAUUCCAUCUGAUAUCUCCAAAUAUAUAGGUUUCGUGGUAACCCUGGAUCUCUCAUCUAACCAACUAUCAGGGGAAAUCCCAGUUAAUCUUGCAAACUGCUCUUUUUUGAAUAACCUUAAACUUGAAAACAACCAGUUUACGGGUCAAAUCCCUCCAGAAAUUGGCCUGCUUGGUCGCCUCAAAACUUUUAAUGUAGCAAACAAUCGAUUGACUGGACCAGUUCCACAUUUCAUAAAUGCAACUGUUCCUGCAGAGAGCUAUGCCAAUAAUCCCGGACUGUGUGGAGAACCGUUAGAUCCUUGCCAGGGUACUUCUAAGAAACCCCCUACCGCAAUCAUUGUCGGUGCAGCUGUUGGUGGGGUAAGUUUAGGUGCUGUAUUUUUGGCCAUCGGUAUGUUCUUCUAUAUGAGAAGGAUAUCCAGGAAGAGGAAGAAGGAUGAUGAUCCUGAAGGGAAUAAAUGGGCGAAGAGUAUUAAGGGUAAAAAGGCAAUCCAGCUUUCAAUGUUUGAGAAGUCUACUUCAAAAAUGAGAUUUAGUGAUCUUAUGAAGGCCACUGACAGCUUCAACAAAAACAAUAUUAUCGGGUCAGGAAGAACCGGGACUUUUUACAAAGCAGUACUUGAUGAUGGCACUUCACUUAUGGUUAAGAGGUUGCAGAAUACUCAGCACUCAGAGAAAGAGUUUAUGUCCGAGAUGGCUACAUUGGGAAAUGUAAAGCAUCGUAAUCUGGUUCCUCUUUUAGGUUUCUGCAUUGCCAAAAAAGAAAGGCUGUUGGUCUACAAAGACAUGCCAAAUGGAACCUUGCAUGAUAGGUUACAUUCGGUGAGUGAAGGCGAAAAAACUCUAGAGUGGCCUAUAAGAUUAAAAAUAGGCAUUGGAGCAGCCAAAGGAUUUGCAUGGCUUCACCACAACUGCAAUCCUCGUAUCAUUCACAGAAAUAUUAGUUCUAAAUGCAUCUUGCUGGAUGUGGAAUUUGAACCUAGGAUAUCAGAUUUUGGGCUUGCCAGGCUAAUGAAUCCAAUUGACACUCAUUUGAGUACCUUUGUCAAUGGAGAAUUCGGGGACUUCGGUUAUGUUGCUCCUGAGUACACACGAACUCUCAUGGCUACUCCAAAAGGUGAUGUGUACAGUUUCGGUGUUGUACUUCUCGAGUUAGUUACUGGUGAGAAACCGACCUCUGUCACCAAAGCUCCCGAGACCUUUAAGGGGAAUUUGGUGGAAUGGAUCACACAACUCUCCGGUGAAUCUAAGCUUAAAGAUGCGAUUGACCAUUCAUUGUCUGGUAAAGGUUAUGACAAUGAGAUCUUCCAGGUCCUUAAAGUUGCUUGUCGAUGUGUGUUGUCUCCUGUUCCUAAGGAGAGGCCGACAAUGUUUGAAGUUUACCAGCUUCUGAGAGCCAUCGGAGAGCGAUAUCAUUUCACAACUGAUGAUGACAUUUUGAUGCUUUCAGAGAGUGAUGGCGGAUUCCAAAUGGACGAGCUCAUUGUUGCUCAAUAAGUAAACGACACCCUCGAUCUGGUUGAGUAAGAUACAGUAAUUUAUUAGAUCAUUUUCUAUCCUGUACAAAUACCACUUUCAGUAUCAUAUAUAGAUCAUUGUACUCUUAAGUCCCUUCUUCAUAGCUACCCAACUAUGUAAUCUGUGUUGCUUUUUCUGUAUUUCUAAUGGUGAAGAGAUUUCUACAAA